UGUUUUGCUUUACAUGUGUUUAUAACUGAUAUUAGCGGUGUUGUAUUUCAUUAUCGGGGGAGUAUGCUAUUUCACAAGCCAAGUAUUUUCAAACAACGACAUUUUUCACAAACUGGAUCCGUUUAACUGAUGUGUAACGUCCGAUCGGCAUGACAUCCUUAAGGACGGAAGAAUGAAGUGAGACCAUGGCACCCUGCAGUUACCUGUAGACCCUGAGACUGUGUUAAGACAAACACAGAACAGUGCUUGAGCACAUUAUAAGGACCAAGAUGGGGAAGAGAAAGAAAGUGAACAAAGAACCAAGUAAAGACGACUAUGAUGGGAUCUCUGCUCUGCCAAUAUGGGAGUUGAGUUUUUACCUAGUGGUACAUAUCAGUGUGGUGAUCUACAUUUGUGCCUGCGUCUACUGGGCAUCCAUAGAACAUGAUGGGCUUCUCAACAUGUUUGAUUUUGAAGAAGGAUGGAAAAUACUUGGCAGAGAUAAGGACAUUUCCAACUAUGAGUGGCACUUUUUCUAUCAGUAUUUCUUGAGGGUUACUCCUUGGUAUGUUGGACACAUGGCCUUAGCAAGAAUCUGUGACUGGAACUUCGUACAUAAAGCAUUAAACACUCAUGAUGUUGAUGGCUACAAGAUCUACCUACUAAUGUUUACCCUAGCCCUGCUGCAGCUCAGAUACACAAGUUUCUGUCUGGAGAAGGUCAAAAGGUCAAACACAGACGACAGUCACAAAGAUAUUAAUGAAAAAGAAGAGGAAUCACACCUAACAUUAGGAUAUGGCCCAAUAGAUAUGCUUUUCUACGUCUUCUACUUCCCUCUAUUUUUCACAGGACCAAUUAUGCCAUACACAGUGUUCUCCUCACAGAUAUGCCAGCAGAGAAAGCCUUGGACGUGGACAAGAGUUACCUCUCUUUGUACAGACUUGUGUCGUAUUCUAUUCUGGGCCUUCGUGAAUGAGAUUUGUCUGCAUUAUUUCUACUUCAAUGCUCUACAACACAACUCCACUAUAAUGCAAGAAAUCAAUUUAUGGACAAUGGCUGGUAUUGGGUAUUGUAGCGGUCAGUUCUUCAUGACGAAGUACACCGUCAUGUUUGGACUUCCAUCCAUUGUGGCCAAAACAGAUGACCUUGAACCACCCAAGGGGCCGAAAUGUAUUUCCUAUAUAUACCUAUACUCGGAUAUGUGGAAAUACUUUGAUCGUGGCAUGUAUGAUUUCAUGAAAAGAUAUAUCUAUGUGCCUCUGGGGGGAUCACGGUCGGGCAUGGUGCGACAGUUUACAGGGUCAGUGCUGUGUUUUACCUUUGUGUACUACUGGCAUGGGUCAGAGUACUAUGCAUUUCUGUGGACAGUGUUCAACUUCAUUGGAAUCACCCUCGAGGCUUUGGGAGGGAUGCUAGUCCAAUUGCCCAAGAUCAAGGACAUACAGGUUCAAAUAUUUUAUUUCCUCGGCAAGUGUUUACGGAGGAAGCCAGGGUUGAGGAGCCCUGGGAUCUUCCCCCUUUACAAUUUGUGUAAUAAAGAAGCUUAA